AUGAUUCUCAAGUGGACUGUGCUCCGACGAACGUUUGCGACACCGAAACAAAAAUUGAAAGGAUAUAAAUUCCCGGAAGUCAGAAAAGAGGAUUGUGAACAGAAAUACAUUUCGGGAUGGGGUCCAGGAGGACAGAAAGUGAAUACGGCACAAAAUGCCGUUCAAUUAACGCAUCUUCCAACUGGAACAGUCCUCAAGGUUCAUGAAUCUCGCCUUCUACCAAAAAAUAUCGAAAUUGCAUUCGAACGGAUGAAAUUUGUGUUGGAUCGUCAAAUAAAUGGUGAAAAUUGUUAUGAAGAGCAACUAAAAAGGCUGCAACACACAAAAGAAGAAAAGGCUAACAAGAGAAGAGAGCAAGCAAGAAAAGAAAAAGAAGAAUAUAAAAAAGAAAUUGAAGAACGUUAA